UGCACUAAGCAGGAAGUGGUAGCUGUUUGUUUCUCAUUAUCAAAUCGAAAAAAGUAGUAAUAAGCAUUUGUUUCUGUAAAAUUGGACUUUUUUCCAAUUUAUUGUAAUCGUUGCCUGCUGUAGUCAUAACUAAUGCUAUUGAAUGUAUGUAUAUCUGACAAAAUUUGAGCGAAGUGGUCACCCACAGUGACACUUUGAAGCUAAGUUCGCUUAACUUAAGGUUAGCACUUUUAAAAUUAGUGUAACAUUAAUUGAUAUUAUUAAACAUUUGGUCCGGGCAGCUGCAAAAUGCAUCGGAGAGGAGUGGGUGCUGGAGCUAUUGCCAAAAAGAAGCUUGCAGAGGCCAAAUACAAAGAAAGAGGGACUGUUCUUGCAGAGGAUCAGAUUGUUCAGAUGUCUAAACAGUUGGAAACCUUCAAGUCCUACCUGGAGGAAUUUGCCAGUAAACAACAACAAGAGAUCCGCAAGAAUUCACAGUUCAGGAUUCAGUUUCAGGAAAUGUGUGCCACCAUUGGAGUUGACCCACUUGCCUCUGGCAAAGGUUUUUGGUCAGAGAUGCUUGGAGUAGGUGACUUCUAUUAUGAGCUUGGUGUACAGAUUGUUGAAGUGUGUUUGGCCUUGAAACACAGAAAUGGGGGGCUUAUUACCUUGGAUGAACUUCAUCAGAGAGUAUUGAAAGGACGUGGUAAAUAUGCACAGGAUGUGAGCCAAGAUGACUUGGUGAGGGCCAUAAAGAAACUGAAGGUGAUGGGGAAUGGGUUUGGGAUGAUUCCAGUUGGUGGUUCGUAUUUGGUGCAGUCAGUCCCAGCAGAGCUCAAUAUGGACCAUACUGUAGUCCUACAGCUGGCAGAGAAGAAGGGCUAUGUUACAGUGAGUGAGAUCAGGGACAGUUUAAAAUGGGAGAAGGAACGGGCUUGUCACGUGCUGGAUCACCUCCUGAAAGAAGGACUGGCUUGGUUAGAUUCACAGGCAUCUGGAGAGCCACAGUACUGGCUGCCUGCUCUCUUUUCGGAGCUGACUUCCAGUGAUGUCACACCUGAGGAGGCCAAUCAAAUGACACCUUAAAUAAAGCUGAAUGGACCUGGACUGUGUAGUGUGGACUUUGGUAAACACAAUGUUCCAUGCUGUUCAGGCUCUUGUGAUAAGAGUUGGCUGGAUUUAUUGGAGCUGGCAAGCAGGACAGAUUCUCUCUAAAAUCCCACUCUGGAGCCAAGGAAGGAACAUUUUACUUCCUGGAGUCUUCUGACAAAUAUCGGUGGAAUUGCUGUGACGUCAUUGAAAACAGGAUGUAGCAUAUGUUGCUUCCUGUUACAUUGCAUGAGACAUCGAGUAUAAGAUGAUUGGUUCACCUGGUGAUUAUGGUUGUAGGUGGUUUAUGGGUUAUUUUCAGUCUCAAGAACAUAUUUCCAUUAUUUGUUAGUUUGGCAGCAUCUUGAAAAACAGUGACCUAAACAGAUGACCUGGAUUUUUAUGUCAGCAUUUAAUAAUAAAUGCAUUUUCAUGUCAUUAUUUUAGUUGAAAGUUGCUUACAUUGCUCUGGCGCCUGAAUUGUAAUGGUACACACACUACAUUUGA